AUGGCUUCAACUACACCAUCUCAAUCAAUCUCAACAACGGCCGUCAUCGCUUCCGUUGCAGGAGUGAUCGCCACGAGUGUCGUCGCAUAUGCCGUCUACUUCGACCAUCGUCGACGAUCAGACCCGGAGUUCCGAAAACAUUUAAAGAGACAGCAAAAGAAGAUAUCAAAGUCGCUGGAGGAAAACGCUCGGGCGAAUGAACGAGCACAAAAGGAGAAGAUUCGACGAUUGGUGGAUGAAGCCAACCAGGACGGUUUCCCGACUGAUCCCGAAGAUACCGAACAAUACUUCAUGCAGGAGGUCGCACGAGGUGAAACCGCCAGCACUGAUGGCUCAGACCCCGUUGAUGCCGCGCUGUGCUUCUACAAGGCGUUGAAGGUCUAUCCCACCCCGAGAGAGUUGAUCAGCAUCUACGACAAGACAGUACCAAAGCCAAUUCUGGAUAUUCUUGCGGAGAUGAUUGCGAUCGAUCCCAUGAUCCCGGUUACAGGCUCAUCGCGCUCAUCCGACGCCGGUUCGAUCAACGUGGAGUAA